GUACCGGAAUCCCAUACAGCAGUCGCAGUUUUCCGCUUGGGGUUGUGUGGUUGUUAUUAAGCUAGUGACCCAUGCAUUUGAUAUAAUAUAGUGUAUUUAUACUAUUUUUUUAUGCGAGUUUUGAUUUGAUUAUUAAAAAUAUGGAUGAAAAUAAACAGACACACCGGAAGUCAAACGAGAGGCUAUACUGUACUUUGCUGGUGUUCGCAGCCUUGGUUAUAACCGGGCUAGUUGCAGGAAUUGUCGUUCUUGCGUUAAAACUCAAAGACCCGAAUCAUGAAAAAGAGCAUCAAGUAUGCUUAACGGAAGGAUGUACCCGGGCAGCCGCCCGGGUGUUGGAUUCAAUCGACGCCAGCGAGGACCCGUGCAACAACUUUUACAGGUUCGCGUGCGGAGGCUUCCUGAAGACCCACGUGAUACCAGACGACAGCGCCAACAUUGACGUCUGGAGCAUCGUACGAGAUAACGUGCAGUAUACAUGCAAAUACCUACUAGAGAGGCCCGAUCUCGAUCCCAACGCCACAGCCGUCCAGAAGGCCAAGGACCUGUAUGCAUCCUGCGUCAACACGGGCAAGUAACUACAUGGUUCAGAAUCUUUAAUUCUUUAUAAUAAAUAAUUUGUAAACUUUACAAAGGAAAGCAAACUCGCGUCAU